CGGAAAAGCAGAAGAAACGUAAAAAAGCGGUUUGGACGGCGGGAGACCCCGUAGAAGCCACGGACUUCCGCAUUACCCGAGGGCUUAAAGAGCACGCACACUACUGGCCGCACGUGGCAGGAGGCCCCCGGAGACCUCCCUUCCCAGCUCUGCCACGUGGCAAGUGUGCUGCCCAGCCACCUCAGCGGAGGCAUGGCAGCUCGAGGUGGUCAGCCACCGUCACCCGGGGCAGAGGAGGAAGCCCCCAGGGGCCGGAAGCGCAGGGCCCCAUCCUGGACCCCCAGGGAGCUGGAGGCCCUCCUGGACCUGUGGGAGGAGGAGGAGGGUCUCCAUGACCUCCAGUCCCGCCGCCGGAAUGCUGAGCUGUACACCCGGAUGGCCCGGAACCUCGCCCAGCAAGGGCACCCCAGCCGCAACUGCGAGCAGGUCCGCUCGAAGGUUAAGGAGUUGCGGCUGGGGUACGUGCGGGCCACGGAGGGGAGGGGAGCAGGGCCUGAUGCCUGCCCCUAUUUUGAGCGGCUGAACUCAUUUUUGGGCGAGCCAGCCCCGCAAGGCCCAGCUGUCCCCGUUGACACCUGCCAGCACCCCCCGAUCAUUCGUCCCACCGAACCGGAGGAGGAAGACGAGAGCGGCGGCGCUUCGGGAGAGGAGGCCAGCGUUGCCACCCAGCAGGCCCCCUCCAGCAGCUCCUCUGUGGCCGGGGAGGAACCCACUGCGGGACCCAGCACCAGACCAGCGACUCCAGCAGCAGCGGCACCCCCAGCUGCCCAAGCCCGGAGGACCAGGCUCCGACACCGGGACCAGCUGCUUCGGCGUCAUGUCACCGCGGUGGAGGGGAUCCAGACCUCCAUUGCGGAGCGUGUGCAGGGGGACCAGGAGUGGCGGCAGGAGGGAUGGGCUGCGUUCCUGGAGGAAUGCCGCGAGAUGCGUGCCACAAUGGGCACCCUGACGGCACAUUUGAUACAUGCCAUCCACUGCCGCAUGCAUAAUGGAAAAGAAAGCAACUGUGAUACAGGUAAACUGGAGAGAAGGAAGGAAGCUAAUCCAGAGCUGGAAAUCCACCUUACUAUUGAUAUUGCAAUGGUGCUUACAACCCUCAUUCAUGGACAAGUAUCUCACUGGGUUAAGGGAUGUACAAAGAAAACAAAAGAUCUCUGCCCUGUAGUGCUUACAGUCUACGAUACUGGUUUAAGCCCCUACCUUAAUAUGAUGCCCAAUAGCCACUUUCCAGUAGGAAAAGAAAUCAAGCACUCUGACCCUAUAAUAGUAAAGCAAACAAAUUAA